UUCUGCGGUUUGAGACAGACAGAAACCAUCCUUCUGCAAGAAAACUACUACUCUAAUCAUCCAUCUACUCAAUACUCCACUCCACUCCGAGUAUACAUAUAUACACUAUGUCUGACAAGCAUAACGAGGUCCCCGCGCCCGCAUACCGCGAGACCGAAAUGCCCCAGGCAAUGCCGUCAACCCCCAUGAUCAUCCAACCAGACCACGCCUACGCCCAACCAACACAAACGCCCAUCCACACACAACAACUACCACGCCAAAAAGCCGUCAAGUCCCAAUAUCCAACAGCCACGCCUUUCCACGCGCUCCAGAGUUCGCCCGCGCCGGUUGACUGCCCGGCAUGCGGCCAGCGCGAGAUGACACAGGUUGUCAUGGAGUCGGGAAACACAACACACGCAUGGGCGGCAAUUCUCUGCUUCUGUUGCUGUCUGGGAUGUCUGCCGUACUUGGCUUCGUCGCUUAAGGACGUGAAUCAUCAUUGUGCCAAGUGUGGCGUGCUGUUGGCGACAUGGCAUAACAGUGGGAAGGUUGAGGUUGUGCAUGGUCGGCAGCGUCGGGCGCAGGCGAAGGAGAAGAAGUGAUCGAGCUGUUUUCUUUCAAAUUUGUUUGUUUGUUUUUUGGUUGAUGAUACCAUAUUGUGUUAUUUUCGGAGUUGGAUAUCGGUUUGGAUAUCAGAAUAAUACAUUGCAUUUGUGAGCAUCAAUCUGUUCUUCGAUAGACCCGUAGUCCGAUGCCGGUACUCAACUUCAGAUUCAAGCGGUCGCAUUGUUCGCACUCGUGUCGCGUAUCUUCGUCUUCGAGGGAGGACUCCGUAUUAGUUUGCUGCGUUCACUCCGUAACCUGAAUUUCCUGUUGGCGACAUUGUUGACAGAUGCAUUUCCUACCUUUUUCCCGAUCGGAGUAGCGUCCACA